CUCCCCCGAGCAGGAGUCUGAUGAGAGAAAGUGCAACUACGAGCGGUACCGAGGCCUGGUGCAGAACGACUUCGCCGGCAUCUCAGAGGAGCAGUGUCUCUACCAGAUCUACAUUGACGAGCUCUAUGGGGGACUCCAGAAGCCAAACGAAGAUGAGAAAAAGAAGCUGGCGGAGAAAAAGGCCUCCAUCGGCUACACGUACGAGGACAGCACUGUGGCCGAGCUCGAGAACUCCUUAGAGAAGCGGGGGGAGGAGGAAGACUCCGAGGAAGACAGCAACACGGAUGAAGACGAAGUCAUCCCCGAUAUCGAUGUGGAAGUGGACGUGGACGAGCUCAACCAGGAGCAGGUGGCCGACCUGAACAAGCAGGCGACCACGUACGGCAUGGCGGAGGGGGACUUUGUCAGACGGAAGGACAAAGAGGAGGCGGAAGCUAUUAAAAACGCCAAAGCCCUGGAAGAGGAGAAGGCGAUGUACUCGGGCCGUCGCUCUCGCCGCCAGAGGAGGGAGUUCAGGGAGAAACGCUUGAAAGGGAGGAAGAUCAGCCCCCCCAGCUACGCACGGAGAGACAGCCCCACCUACGAUCCCUACAAACGGACGUUCUUUCUACCGUACCGAAACACGGGAAGCGGCUGGAGAUACGCCCAGAACGUGACUGUUGAUGAAAUCAUGACCGCCUACAAGCAAGCCUGCCAGAAGCUGAACUGCAAGCAGAUACCCAAACUACUGAAGCAGAUACAGGAAUUUAAAGAUCUGGCUCCCAGGAUAGACUGCUUAGAUCUGAAAGGGGAGAAGCUGGAUUACAAAGCCUGCGAGGCGCUGGAAGAGAUUUUCAAGCGGGUCCAGUUCAAAAUUGUUGAUUUGGAGCAAACGAGCUUGGACGAAGACCUCAGUGGCUGGGACAUCGCAUCAGGGUGUGGAGCAAGGGCUGGAACCACGACGCACCUCAACAUCUCCUUUAACAAACACAUCGGCACCCGAGGCUGGCAGGCAGCUGCCCACAUGAUGAGGAAGACGAAUUGCCUGCAGUACCUGGAUGCCCGAAACACGCCUUUGCUGGACCACUCCGCGCCCUUCGUGGCACGCGCCCUGCGCAUCAGCAGCAGCCUGGUCGUCCUGCACCUGGAGAACGCCAGCCUCUCGGGACGCCCGCUCAUGCUGCUGGCCACGGCUCUGAAGAUGAACAUGAACCUGCGGGAGCUGUACCUGGCCGAUAACAAGCUGAACGGGCUGCAGGACUCGGCUCAGCUCGGCAACCUGCUGAAGUUCAACUGCUACAUACAGAUACUCGACCUGAGGAACAACCACAUCCUGGACUCGGGAAUUGCGAAACAAUCCCAGCCCGGACUUCAGUCCCGGCUGGUUCUGGUCAGCGACGCCGAUUACUCGGCCGAGUGCCGCGGUUUGGUGGAGCCACGCUCUGCACGAGCUCUCCCGGCUGCCUUCGGGUUGGGUAUAAAGGUAAAAAGUUUCAUCGAAACCCAGAAGGCUCUCCUGGCCGAGAUCCAGAACGGCUGCAAGCGCAACUUCAUCCUGGCCAAGGAGAAGGAGGAGAAGGAACAGAAGCUGCAGCAGUCGGCCUCGAUGCCGGAGAUCACCGUGACGGAGCCUCUGGAGGAGGGUCCGGCGGAAGAUGGCCGGGAUGGCAGCGCCGCCUCC